UAUGACCGAGGGCUGCCAGGCAGAUACCGCGCGCGUCGGGAGGAGAGGGCGGAGAGAUAAAUGGACUAUAAGAAAAUUACGGAUGAAGUUUCUACAAAAAUUCUAUCAUACAACCAAGAUACUUCAGGAUGGAGAGUGAUAAAAGUUUCAAAAAAUAUUACAGUUGCUUCAAAGCCUUCAAAAGAGUAUUCAGGAAACAUAUACCGAGGAGAAGGGAUAAUUAAGGAAGUCCCUAGUAAAAUUAUUCCUUUUAUGUAUCUUCCUGAAUAUCGAAACAAGUGGGACAAAGCAUUACAAUCUUACAAGCUGUUGGAAAAGAUUGACCAGGAUACCGGUAUAUACCACAGUGUAACACACAGUUAUGGUAUGGGACUGAUUUCAUCAAGAGAUUUUGUUGACUUGGUGCAUGUUAAACCCUAUCCUGGUGGUAUCCUUACAACUAACUCUGUCAGUGUGGAAUAUUCAGGAUGCCCUCCAACUCCUCCUUGCGUCCGUGGCUAUAACAAUCCUUGUGGGUAUGUGUGUUCACCCUUGCCAGAGAAUCCAGAGCAUUCCAAGCUAGUUGUAUUUAUUCAGCCAGAAUUAGGAGGAAUGCUUCCCUACUCUGUGGUGGAGACAGCAAUACCUACUACUCUCAUAAAUUUAAUAACUGAAACAAGAGCUGGACUGAAAGGCUUGAAAGACCAUAAUUAACCAUAAGUGAAAAAUAACAUGCACUUAUGCUAUGUGCAUCUUUCAUCUGUGUUCAUUUUAAAAUAGAGGAUGAAGUUUAGUAUUUUAAUUGUGGUUUAUGUGGAAAUGUGUAAAGCUUAACUUAUCUGUUAAAUAUUAAAUUAUGAAUGCUAUUUUUUUCUGCUCUUGGGAAUCAUGUCAGAAUUUACACUGAAGUGCCAUCAGAAAUACAGGAUGUAGCUUUCAAUGUAAUCAAGUGAUGUUUUGUAAUAUUUUUGCACUUUGUAUACAGUUAUGUGAGAAUAUGGUGAUGUAAACUACAGCAAUGUUAAAAUAGUCAAAAAUAUUUUGCCAUAGCUUUAAACACAUUUUGAUAACUUUUUACCUCAAAAUUACGUACUUCUGACUGAAACAAGCAAGCAUCCUGUAUACUGGAGACAUUAAACAUGUUUAUUACUAUAAAUGUGUAAUAGCAAUUAGCAACUAUUUCAGUGUUUUGGAAUUAAACAUCCAAAGACGAGCCUGAUGAAUUCAGUUAUAUAGCGUCUCAUUAAAAGCUGCUCUGUAA